AUGAGUUCAAGAAAGACUAUUGCACCAACCAAUUUCAAGAGUGCCAAAGCUUGCACCGGCUGUGGAUUGGUAAAGACUCAACAGCAAUUCGAUGAGAAUGGUUGCGAGAACUGUGGUGGUGGUAGAAGAAGAGCAUCUACAACCACCACCCCAAACUUUGAAGGUGUAAUUGCUGUUUUGAAACCAAAUGAAAGUUGGAUUGCUAGAAAACAAGGUUUGGAUUCACGUGUUCCAGGAUGUUAUGCUUUGAACAUGACAGAUAAAUAA